AUGGAUCUUAGUGAAUACAUCAAUUACAAAAAUCAAACAAUGAUAAAUGAGUUUGUCCUGAUUGGUCUCACAGACUUGGUGGAAAUUCAAUUUACUAUUUAUGGGGUAUUUCUAUUAUUUUAUUGCUUAACACUUUUGGGAAACCUUUCUAUCAUGAUAACAACUAUAAAGGAUUCAAAUCUUCACACCCCAAUGUAUUUCUUCUUGUGGAAUUUGUCUUUGGUUGACAUAGGUUUCUCUUCUGUUUCUGUUCCAAAAAUGCUCACGGACUUCUUUGCAACAAGAAAACUCAUUUCAUUUGGGGGCUGCAUUUCACAGAUAUAUUUUUUCCAUCUCUUUGGAACCACUGAAGUCAUGCUCCUUGCUGUUAUGUCUUAUGAUCGAUUUGUGGCCAUCGGUAAUCCGUUGCGUUAUAUCCUCAUCAUGAACAGCAAAGUUUGCCUUUCCUUUGCCCUAAGUUGUUGGAUAUCUGGAUUUUUCCAUUCUCUUUUGCACACUGUGCUGACUGCAAAACUCCCAUAUUGCCAGGCAAACCUGGUCAACCACUUCUUUUGUGAUGUUAAGCCAGUGUUGAAGCUUGCCUGUACUGAUACUUCAUUCACUCUUAAGCUUCUUACUAGAGUUGCUGGGUCUGUGUCAUCAAUAACAUUUACUUUAACAUUUCUCUCCUAUCUUUUUAUUAUUAAAUUUGUCAUGCAAAUUCAGACAAAAAGGGGAAGGAAAAAUGCAUUUUCUACCUGUAGCGCUCACCUUACAGUUGUUUUUAUGCUUUAUGGCACAGCAAUUUUUACAUAUAUGAGACCUUUAGCUCAACAGUCUUUAGACCAUGAUAGAGUAGUGGCAGUUCUAUUUACAGUAGUAACACCAGCACUUAAUCCUAUUAUUUACACCCUGCGUAACAAGGAAAUGAGAGAGGCAAUUAAAAGAAUAUACAAGAACAUAUUUUUAUUUGUAGAAAAUGCAUAA